UACGUGUGGGAUUGUCCUCUCGCACCUGCGCAGUCCUCUGCGCUGACGUCCAAGAAUGGCCGCUGCCGCAGCAGGAAUAAACAAGCAGGGCGCCGUAGCGACGAUGGAGCCCUGUAUCCGACACGGGAGAGGAGCUCAUGGAAACACGGUGAAGGUGUUGGAGUGUGGUGUGUGUGAGGACGUCUUCUCCCUCCAAGGAGACAAGGUCCCUCGUCUCCUGCUCUGUGGUCACACAGUGUGCCAUGACUGCCUGACCCGGCUGCCCCUCCACGGGCGAGCAGUCCGCUGCCCCUUCGACAGACAGGUCACCGAGCUGGGGGACUCUGGAGUUUGGGGUCUAAAGAAGAACUUUGCUCUGUUGGAACUGUUGGAGCGACUCCAGAAUGGAGCAACCAACCAGUCGGGGAUGGCGGAGGACGCCCUGAAAGGCAUGGGAGAAUGUAUCAUUCGCUGUGACGAGGACGAGAGCCACACGGCCUCCAUGUACUGCACCGUGUGUGCCACCCACCUGUGUGCCGAGUGCUCCCAGCUCACCCACUCCACCCGCACGCUGGCCAAACACCGCCGGGUGCCGCUGGCUGACAAGCCUCACGAGAAGACCCUGUGCCCGCAGCAUCAGGUCCACGCCAUCGAGUUCGUCUGCCUGGAGGAGCCGUGUCAGUCCGGCCCGCUCAUGUGCUGUGUGUGCAAGGAGUAUGGCAAGCACCAGGGACAUAAGGUACACGCUGUUCUUGAGACUGAAGCCAAUCAGAUCCGUGCAUCCAUCCUGGACAUGGCUCACUGCAUCCGCAGCUUCACAGACGAAGUGUCCGAGUACUCGAGGAAGCUGGUGGGCAUCGUGCAGCAGAUCGAAGGAGGAGAGCAGAUCGUAGAGGACGGAGUUGGCAUGGCACACACUGAACAUGUUCCUGGCACAGCAGAGAGUGCACGAUCCUGUGUCCGGGCUUACUUCGCAGACCUUCACGAGACUCUGUGCCGGCAGGAGGAGAUGGCGCUGAGCGUGGUGGACGCCCACGUCAGGGAGAGGCUGAUCUGGCUGAGGCAGCAGCAGGAGGACAUGACAAUCCUGCUGUCUCAGGUCUCCACUGCCUGCCUGCACUGUGAGAAAACCCUCCAACAGGACGACUGCAGAGUCGUGCUGGCAAAGCAGGAGAUCAACUGUUUGCUGGAGACGCUUCAGAAGCAGCAGCACCAGUUCACAGAGCUGGCAGAUCACAUUCAGCUGGACGCCGGCAUCCCCGUCACCUUCACUAAGGACAACCGGGUCCACAUCGGUCCUAAGAUGGAGAUCCGCGUGGUCACUCUGGGGCUGGAUGGAGCUGGAAAAACCACCAUCCUCUUCAAACUGAAGCAGGAUGAGUUCAUGCAGCCCAUCCCAACCAUCGGUUUCAACGUGGAGACAGUCGAAUAUAAGAACUUGAAAUUCACCAUCUGGGAUGUGGGAGGAAAACAUAAACUCAGACCGCUCUGGAAACACUAUUAUCUCAACACUCAAGCGGUGGUGUUUGUGAUUGACAGCUGCCACAGGGACAGACUGAUGGAGGCUCACAGUGAACUGGCCAAACUACUGACGGAGAAGGAGUUGAGAGACGCCCUGCUGCUCAUCUUUGCAAACAAACAGGAUGUUCCCGGUGCCGUGUCUGUGGAGGAGAUGACGGAGCUGCUGAGUCUACACAAGCUGUGCUGUGGGAGGAGCUGGCACAUUCAGGGCUGCGACGCCCGCAGCGGGAUGGGUCUCCACGAGGGGCUGGACUGGCUCUCCAGACAGCUGGUGGCUGCUGGCGUCCUGGAUGUCGCUUAGAUGUCACCUCCCUCUACAUCCCUGUCCUGGUCUGACUUUCCCUCCAUCACCACUUCCAAACACUAACUUUUACGAUGAGACUGCGGCUUUAAGCCCGCCCCCUCCUCAUCUUUCCUUCUUUGCACACCAUUGUGAGCAAAGAAAACAAAGAUGUAAAUACUUCCUCUAAACCUUAAAGUCUGCCCUCGCUCACAGCCUCCCUCUGAAAGUCUGCAACCACAAAACCUGAGUUAGGACUACUACAGCUCCCAUCCUGCUUUAAUUCUGAGGUGCUGUUCAGACCUGGUAUUAACAUCCAUCCUGAGAGAUGUGAUCACAGGUGAGAUCAUCGAGGGUGCGUUUGAGAUCCGAUCAUUCAGACCACAUCCAGAGGUGGUCUGGGCCACAUGUGAAGGACUGACGUCCUCUGUGAAGCAAGAAGCCGACAACAGGCAGAAUGGAUUACGCUAAAGUUUUGAUAGAAGACAACAUUUACUUGAUAGUAAAUGUGUCAAAUUUAGAAAAACUUCUCUGUCUCCUGCAGAGAAAAUUCCCAGACUGCCCUUAAAAAAUUGGGCAAUUUUGUGAGUUGUAGAGUUCAGAGAAACGUUCUAAAUGUUGUGAAUCACUGUCUCUUGUAAAUUUGGCAAAUGUCAUACAUGAAGUUCUUUCUUUGAGUCAAAGAACGUUCUAACUAUUUGACCCAGUAAUCCAAACACAGGUUAAUGUUAGCGACCUCACAGCAGUCCACUUGUGAUCGGAUCUCUCAGGAGGGACGAUGAUAUCGGGUCUGAUCAGCCUCUGAGGCAGCUCAUCACGGUCUAACACAUCACUUUCUCAUGUUUUUCUUUUCAAGAGACGAGCUGUUUAUCCAGCAUCCACAGCUAGUUCACUUCAGUCUGAUCCAUUUUUUAAAUGCUCCUUCUCCCUGCCAGAGUGGACCGAGUCUUCUAUCUCACGUUAUCCAUCAUAACCACCACUAUAUGUGACAGUAACCUUAACUGAAUGCAGAGUAGUCUGUAUUGUAACGGUAGAAUCAUUUACGUAUCUUUUGUUGAUUACACACGAGUUGAUCCUGAGAAAUGACUUCAGGAACCUUUCAGCUGAGCGGCAGGUGAGUGAGGUGAGACACGUCCACUCUGGUUGAACUUCCAGUGGCUUCAGACUGACGGUCAAACGUUCAGAUUGUGGCCGUUUCCUCACUUGGCCUUCACAUCUAAUGUAAGCAAUAGCAGUCGAUGUUUCAUGGGGUCUUUAAAUUAUGUGUUACGUUUUUUUUAAGUGUGCUACGAGCCUAUUUAAUGCCACAGCUGGUCUUGAAAUGGUGCACCGGUUGGGUUUUGGUUUGAAUGUAGUGUUUUCUGUUACAGAACAAACUGUUUACUGAACUUAUUUAUGAGCGGGAACACGGACGUUACUUUGAUACGAGGCGUUCGGGGGGAUUCAGAGUCUUCACGCGCCGAUUCUGCCUCCGUUUUGUGGAGCGUCUUUGCAUCGCAAAAUGUGUGAAAUGCACUUGUUUGCUGCCUCACGACCAGUUUUACUUUGGAAGCGAAAUGAACUAUCUGCUGUAUUCUUAAUAGACUCUGAAUAUUAAUCUCAGUGCAAAACAACACGUCUGGUGAAAAUCUUGGUAUUUAAGCAUCUCACAAGUCCAGUUUGUCUGUCGGAGUGCAGGUCCACUGUUAAUCAGCAGCCUUCAGUCAUAAUGUGAUGUGAAACUUAGUGAAGCAUUAAACCUAACACUGACACUUGUCUUGUUAUUCAUUUGAUUUGAUCUUAAUUCAUUGCUAUGUAAUGUUUACUACUCGUAUCUAAUGUAUAAAAGAAUAAAACUAAAUAAAAAAUGCACGUUAACAGCCUUUCUACAUCAUUUGUGAGAACAUUUCCAUUUUGUUUUUGAAACGUAGAAGCACAACGCGCGUCAGAACCUUUGUUACCAGUGGACUUGAUGAUGGCUUUUGUAAAUUAUUCAUAAUGUGAUGCUGUAAAAUAAACAUAUUGACCUUA